AUGGCGCUCAAUCUUGUUGUUAAAGUUCAUCCUGUUGUUUUAUUCCAAAUAGUUGAUGCUUACGAGCGUCGAAAUGCCGAUUCACAUCGUGUUAUCGGCACUUUACUUGGAACCUCCGACAAAGGGGUAGUAGAAGUAACAAAUUGCUUCUGCGUCCCACAUAAAGAACAUGCUGAUCAAGUAGAGGCUGAAUUAAAUUAUGCCAUGGAUGUUUAUGAACUUAAUCGAAGGGUUAAUGCUUCUGAAAACAUUGUGGGUUGGUGGGCCACCGGCAAUGAAGUCACAAACCACUCAUCUGUGAUCCACGAGUAUUAUUCACGGGAAUGCCGUGAGCCAGUCCAUGUAACGCUGGACACGUCACUCGCUGGUGCUCGUAUGGGACUGCGCGCAUACGUUUGUGUCGCGUUGGGAGUACCGCGCGGCAAGCAAGGCUGCAUGUUUACACCCAUUGAUGUUGGACUCACAUAUUAUGAACCUGAGAUAGUAGGUUUACAAUUAUGCCAGAAGACGAUGGGUCCAGGAGGGCGCUCACGCCAGGUGCAGCCCAUGGUCGACUUGGCGCAGGUAGCCGAAGCCGCGUCCAAGUUAUCUGGCUUAUUAGACCAGGUGGUGCAGUACGUGGAGGAGGUGCUAGCGGAGCGCGCUGCGCCCAACAAUGAGGUGGGACGGCAGCUGCUCGAGCUGGUCAGCUCGCUGCCCGACCUCGCCUCCAACUCCUUCGUGGAUGCCUUCGCUUCCAGCGUUAAGGAUCUGCUUAUGGUGGUGACACUCGCACAGCUAAUCAAAACCCAACUGCAGUUAAAUGAAAAGCUCACGCUCCUCACAUCGCAG